AUGCCGGAUAAACACAAGAAAAGCUGCAAGCAACCUGAAAAUGCAGCAAACAUUAGGACUAUCAACUUACUGAACAGCCAAGUUUCGAAGCAUUUAUCUCAAAGUAAUGCGAUUGUAACAGCUCAUUAUUCUCUAAUGAACUUCAUUCCCAAAACAAUAUUCGAGCAAUUUCGUCAGUUAUGGUACUUAUGGUAUUUAUUUGUUAUUAUUCUCGAAUUGUAUUUUAGUGGAUACACAAAGGACGCUAUUAUUGACUUGGUUCCUUUUUCUGCAAUCUUCAUUUUGAGAGUUCUUUCUGAUGGAUACAUUGACCUUAAAAGACACAGAUACGAUAAUGAGAUAAAUAACCUUGAGUUUAAAUCGCUCUCUACUGAGAAGAUUGAGACCAAAAAGAGCAAAAAUAUAUCUGUUGGCGAUGUCUUAUUGAUAAAUGGAAAUAGCAAAGCACCUGCAGAUUUAAUUGUUUUAUGCACCUGUGAAAAUAAGCAGGAAUUUCAUGUCGACAUGACAGAAAACAUAGGAGAAAUGCAGUUUGAUAUAAAAAAGCCUACAAAGGAAACUAGAUUUAUAUCAAGCUCAUUAGGGUUAUAUGAAACAAUGGACGAGCUCAGUAAAUGUAAUGCAACAAUAAGAAUUCCAGAAGAAAGGCCGGUCAAAUUUUCAGGGUCGAUAAAAUUGAGGUCAAACCCGAAAUCUACUCAAUUGCAGGAAUGUAACUAUAUAAAAAGUGGUGCAAAGAUUCUAAAUAUUGACUGGAUUUAUGCAGUUGUAAUAUACACAAAUGGUGACAUUAAAAAGAAUAAAAAGGUGAUUAGAAGACUAUCACUUUUAGAAACAAGGCUCAACAUUGUUGUUUUUUGGAUGAUUGCUAUAUCCCUUAUGCUGACUUUUUUAAGCUGUAUGAUUAAUAUAUUUGGCUUUAGCCUCAAGUUUGGAGACGAUAAUCUUCAUUUCACCAUCAACUCCAUACUUUUAUUCCAUAGACUUGUACCACCUUGCUUAUUUAUAUGUAUCAAGAUUUUUCAGUUGAUUUUUACUUUAAAAAUCUCCAAAAAAAUCCCAGGCAUAAAAUUCAAUACAUUUGAUGUCUGCGAAGAACUGGGGCAGAUAGAGUAUAUAAUUACUGACAAAACAGGUACAAUUACAUCGAAUAAUGUACUUUUACCUAUAUGUAUAUUAGAUGGUGAAACUUAUAUAAGGGAUCGGCUAAAAGAAACAGAGCAAUAUGAAGAAUCGACUAGUCAGAGAAUAAUGAACGUCAAGAAUUUCAGCACUUUUAGUGAUUUAAAGAUUGAACUUGCAGAGCAUAAGGAGACUUUUUCGCCAGCUUAUUAUUUUGUGAUGUGCAUGGCUGUUUGUAAUAUUUCAGGAGUUGUUGGACAGGAGGUGUCCAAUACUUUCUCAAUUGAAGAUCAUGCGAUGGCAGGAGCUAGCAAUGAACUUGGGGUUGAAGUAAUUUCAAGGUCAAAUAAAAAAAUAAAAUUGGACUAUUGGGGCACUGAAGUUGACCUUGAUAUUAUAAGCUCAAAAGGAUAUUCCAAUAAGCUUCAAAAAUCGAGAAUAAUGGUAAAGGACUCUUUUAAAGGCCAAAACAUUUUAUAUGUAAAAGGGAGAAAAGCAGAAAUGCUACGAUCUUUUACAGCUUCACAGUCAUUUCGGCACUAUAUGGAAAACAACGGCUAUGAAACACAGAUGUCUGGGAAGAAACUCAUUUUUGUCGGUUAUUGCACCUUUACUGACGUUGAAAUUGAAGAAUUUAAGUACUCUUAUAAAAUUGCUAAAGCCUCUCCUGUGAACAGCGAAGGGAAAAUUGAAGAUCUCUUCACUAAUUUAGAGUUAAAGCUGAAUUUCUUAGGUAUUAUUGGGCUUGAAGAUGAAGUCCAUGAAGAUACAAAAGAAGCAGUUUCUUUACUCUCUGAAGCUGGCAUCAAGUUUUGGAUGGUAAGUGGGGACAGCGAAGAGAACUCUAUAUGUACAGCAAUUUCUUCAAAAGUUAUUGACUCGAAUACAAAGAUCGUUAUGCUGAAUGAGCUUACAUCAGAGCUUGACUGUAGGCUCGAAAUGAUAAAUCUCAUUAAGACAACUUUUGCGAACGUGAAUUUACCAUUUAAUGAGGAGGUUAGUGAGGAAUCUAAGGAGAGUGCUGAUGACGAUGAUGCAGCCGAAGAAAUCAAUUUAUUUGCUACAGGGACAAACCAUUUGGAAAUCAGGAGAAUGAGACGCAUCCCGACAAUUGUUUCUCAUUUAGCCCACUCAAAAAAUGUGGAAAUGCCGACAUUCGAGCCUCCUGUAGGCUAGGAGGUUUUAUCCAAAUUAUGGUGUAUGGCAAUAGCAGAAAUUAGAUACAGUAGAAGAUUAAAAGACAGGCUAGAAAAGUAUUUGAUAAAAAACAGAUGUAUGAAAGAUAUACAACUAUUUCAAUUUAUAAUUAAUAGUAAUUUUAAGAAAAAAUAGUAAUAAUUACACAAACUCUGGAGCUUGAACUCUAGACGAAAUAAGAUAGAGAGGAAUUUUACAAGAUUCAUAAGCUAGGACAUUAAUAAAUUAUAAAUGGUAUGAACUUAUUGAAUUGACAACGUGCUCCAAAAAUAAUUAAUUUUUUUUGAAUAAAUGCCUGGAUAUACGCUUUUAUAACUCCAAGAGAUACUUUAUUGAAUUUCAGGGAUAGGACCUUUUAUAAUUCACAUUCUCACGGUACUGUUUAUUUCAAAAAUUUUGAAACAUAGUGUAUGACUUCUAAAUAUUGAUGAUGCCGAAUAGUUAUUCAAUAAAAUAAGUGCACAGAUUUCAUACAAAUAGAACAUAAAGUUUGCGGCAAUCUAACUUAAGAUAAGAUAGCCUUCACAAUAUUUGAGAUUAAAAAUGCAAAAUAAUAAUUAUAAGAAACUGCACUUAAUAAACUAUAUCAGGUUGAACUUUUGUAAAUUAUCAUCCAAAGCAUACAUUUUUUUUUUAACUGUGAAAGCAAUUUUGCAAUUUUUUUGUUUUUAUAGCUCGCAUUAUUGCACUCUUAAUCUAUUUAAAAUAGACUAAUAAGUGUAAUAUAAUAAUAUUGCGCACAUUACUAAAUACCCUCCCUCCUCUCCGUAAGCUAACAAGAUCUUUUGGCCGAUCAUGGAAGGGUUAAAAUUUUUUUAAAAAAUUUAUAUUUAAAAUUUAUAGACAAUUGUUUUUCGAAAUUUUAAAAAACUCCCACUACGCAAAAAUAGAAAGCGAAUACUAAUUUAAUUUGUAAAAUUUAUCUAUUAAAACUCAAUUUAUUUAAAAUUAAAUAGAAUUAGCUAGAGAUUUCAUUAUACUAAUUAUCACUUAUAAAUCAAAAAAAUUUUUCAAUAAAGAAUUUUUUAUUAUAAAUUUUUGUUUGCUCACGAGUGUGAGUUUUUGGGUUUAAAAAAAAAUUUUAACCCUUCCAUGAUCGGCCAAAAGAUCUUGUUAGCUUACGGAGAGGAGGGGGAGGGUAUUUAGUAAUGUGCGCAAUAUUAUUAUAUUACACUUAUUAGUCUAUUUUAAAUAGAUUAAGAGUGCAAUAAUGCGAGCUAUAAAAACAAAAAAAUUGCAAAAUUGCUUUCACAGUUAAAAAAAAAAUGUAUGCUUUGGAUGAUAAUUUACAAAAGUUCAACCUGAUAUAGUUUAUUAAGUGCAGUUUCUUAUAAUUAUUAUUUUGCAUUUUUAAUCUCAAAUAUUGUGAAGGCUAUCUUAUCUUAAGUUAGAUUGCCCGCAAAACUUAUGUUCUAUUUGUAUGAAAUCUGUGCACUUAUUUAUUGAAUAACUAUUCGGCAUCAUCAAUAUUUAGAAGUCAUACACUAUGUUUCAAAAUUUUUGAAAUAAACAGUACCGUGAGAAUGUGAAUUAUAUAAAGGUCCUAUCCCUGAAAUUCAAUAAAGUAUCUCUUGGAGUUAUAAAAGCGUAUAUCCAGGCAUUUAUUCAAAAAAAAUUAAUUAUUUUUGGAGCACGUUGUCAAUUCAAUAAGUUCAUACCAUUUAUAAUUUUUAUUAAUGUCCUAGCUUAUGAAUCUUGUAAAAUUCCUCUCUAUCUUAUUUCGUCUAGAGUUCAAGCUCCAGAGUUUGUGUAAUUAUUACUAUUUUUUCUUAAAUUUACUAUUAAUUAUAAAUUGAAAUAGUUGUAUAUCUUUCAUACAUCUGUUUUUUUAUCAAAUACUUUUCUAGCCUGUCUUUUAAUCUUCUACUGUAUCUAAUUUCUGCUAUUGCCAUACACCAUAAUUUGGAUAAAACCUCCUAGCCCCUCCUGUAUGUGAGUUCACUGAUUUUUCUCUUUGUGUUGAUAGAUCAGGGCUAGAAUAUGGCCUACAAUCAGAAGAAAACAGAAAAUAUUUUGCUAUUUUAUUGUGUGCAGCUAAAAGUGUCUGCUUUUAUUCUCUGCUACCAGAAGACAAAACUAAAAUCGCAGGAUUUUUGAGAUACAAUUUCUCAUAUAGUCCUUUAUUUCUUGCAAUAGGUGAUGGAAAAAGCGACUUAGGAAUGAUCCAGUCUGCCCAUGUCGGUAUUGGUUUAGAAAAUUCUAAUUUUUCACAUUUACCUCAUAUUUCUAUCUCAAAAUUUUCUCAAAUUAAAGAACUUGUGCUGUUUCAAGGGCACUGGAAUUAUGCAAAAAUAUCGAAUGUAGUGCUCAUGAUCUUUUUUAAAAAUUUUCUGCUGGUGCUGAUACUCUUUUUUCAUUGCAACGCAUCUAAGUCAUAUGGAGGGAGCCUUUUUGAGCCUGAAAUGGUGGCAAUUUAUCUAUUUUUAUUUAUAAUGCUUCCAACUGUUACAGUUGGAAUUUUUGAUGAGGAUUUGGAACGAUGGCAAAUUUUAAAGAACCCUCAAGUGUAUAGCAUUUACAGACAGAACCUUUUAUUAAAUUAUUGGUCCUUUUUGUGGAUAUUUCUGAUGGCUCUUUUUCAAGCCUUGAUUAUUUAUUUUCCAAUGUAUUUGAUUAGGACCACUGAUGAUCAAGGAUUCACUUUAAGUUUGGCUUGUAUGGAAUGGGUUUUAUAUUUUUCAAUGGUUGGAGGAUCUCUGCUGUAUGUCCUUGUGGAAACUCGAUCAUUACAUAAAUGGACUCUUCUUUCAUAUCUGAUUUCGGUUAUUUCAUUAGUAGUUUAUAGCAUUGUAUUAUCAAAUUAUGAUGAUUACGACAACUACGGAUAUUUGGAUGUGAUAAAUGGGUCCCCAGUUUUCUUUCUAUACAUUUUAUUGACCUUGAUGGCUUGCUUUGUGAUAAUUUAUGUAAGGAAAACGUUCCGCUCAUUAUUCGUCCCAAUCUUGACAGAUUUUAUCCAGUCGCUCAAAGAUUUUGAUCUUAUAAUAAAGCUCAAGUCCAAAGCUGAGAUCUUCAAAGACAACUUAGAUGCAAUUUACAAGAAAACUAAGUAUAUCAAUCAAAGCACCAGCACCUUUGAAAUGAGCAAAUGGACGCUAAAAUUUAUUUCUAAAACUCGAGAAGCUGAGUACAUGGAUGAAAAGAAAAAAGUAAGCUCGAAGACCUUAAGAGUGCCUUGGCUCUUACUAUUUGUAUUAAUAAUUGGCUUCUUGAUAGACUCAUACUUUAAGACUCCAGACCAAAGAGCUUAUUUAUCAUUUAUGUGUAUUUCAAUUUUCAUCUAUUGCAUUCUAAUUACUGUUGUCUUCUCAAGCUAUUACGAGAAAUACUACAAAUGCAUUAUUAUUAUCAUAAGAACUUACACAACAGUGAUAGUUAUACUAUUAGAGCUCGUAUUUGAGAUAUUUGAUCCAAUUGUUUAUACCAACAUUUCUCCCUUAUUUACAAUAGGAACGAGUUUUUUCUGGUUUGAAAUGAUUGUAAUGUCAUCUAUCAGUGUCCCAAUCUUGACGAUUGUGCAGAUUUAUGCAUUUAUUAUAGAAUACUCAGUUGAUAUUGGCCUGAUCUAUGCAAUUGAAUUUAUGACCAUCUUAAUAUCCAUUGUGCUACAAGCUGCAGUCAUUGGCUAUUUCACGGAGAAAUCAAACAGAAAACGGUAUGUGCUCAUGAAAAAAGUGGAAAUUGAAGUUGAGAAAUCACAGCAGGUUUUAGAUGUCGUACUUCCAGCCUUCGUCAGGAAAAGGGUGAAAGAUGGGAUAAGGUAUAUUGCAGAAGAUCAAGGAGUCGUUACUGUGCUCUUUUGUGAGAUUUGCCAGUUUGAAGAAAUUAUUUCUGCAUUCCCUCAGUCAGAAGUAUCAUAUUUUAUCGAUGAUAUCUAUAAAAAGUUUGAUAUGGUAUGCGAAUCAACAGGAGUUGCCAAAAUAGAAACUGUGGGAAAGGUUUAUAUGGCUUGUGCAGGCCUUACUGACAGUGAUGCUGAAAUGUCAGCUUCUUUUAAUACUGUGCAUCAUUCAAGAAGGGCAAUUGAAAUGGGUUUGGGAAUUCUUGGAGUUAUCAAACAAAUAAGGUUGAGAAAGCCUUUGCAGGUAAAAAUUGGAAUUCAUACUGGACCAGUUGUAGCUGGAAUUGUUGGCUUCCAUAAGCCUCAGUUUUCUUUAGUAGGAGAUACUGUAAAUACUGCCAGUAGAAUGUCGACGACAAUUGAAACCCCAAACUCAAUACAAAUUUCUGAAGACACUUAUUCAUAUUUAGACGACAAGUCUGGGCUCUAUUUUACGAAGAAAUUGAUUGAAGUCAAAGGAAAAGGCACGAUGAGGACUUUUCUUGUCAAAUCAGAUGAGCUUAAUGAUAUUAAAUCAGGGAGAAGAAGAACUCAAGGGCCAGCACCUCUACCAAAUGAAUUAAAAAGACUCAAUACAAACUCAUACAACAUGGCUAAAAACCUAUUCCUUACUAACGAGUUAUCUCCGAUCGUGCCAACAUCAGGCAGAAAAUCAUCAUUUCAUGACUCGGAAUUUGUUGAUGAUACUGAUUAUGGAAUAAUUUCAGCGAAGUUAUCAUCAGAAUCUCCAGAGCCUAUCAAGAUUACAUCAUUUAUUUUCUCCUACAGCUCAAAAGAAGCAGCUCUCAGGUCUCAGAUGUUAGAAACUAAUUACCCAAUAUUGGUGCGAAGCUUUCUGGUAUUGUUGUUCUGCAAUUUAACUAUGACAGCAUUAAGCAUUGCUGAACUAUUUAUAGACGACCAUGACGUUAAAUACAAAUUCUUGGACAUUUUCUUUUACUUUGCCAUGUUUUUGGCUUAUGGAACUCUUUUAUUCUUGUUCAAGAAUAAUUACGAAAAUGAUUAAUUAAAUCUUAAGGUGUCUAACGUCACACUCCCUAAUAAAGGGACUGAGCUAAAUUGGUGUCUUCAUGGGCAUUUUUGUAACCCUUUGGUCAAACUAUCUCAAAUAAAGCGCUAACAAAUCUAACUCACGUUUAACCCUGAGGUUAUUGAGUGCACUCGGAGCAGUAUAUUAGCCCUAUGUGACCAGAAGUCUCUAUGUAAAGCCAAACUCUGUUAUAAAAUUCCAUGAGGUAGAGAAAAUUGGCAGAGGUAAUUUCAGUCAUUGAAUGCUUUUAUUUAUAUUCAAGAAUAAUUAUAAGUCCCUUACAUUUGCUUGGGUUUUGAGAUUUACAUAUUCUUUAUCAAUGAUCUGGACAAUCCUUAUAAACAUCCUUCAGGAUGACUCCAAAAUAGAAAUAAUAAAAGAAGCUUAUGUGCUCUUCAUGACUCUUAUUUCAAGCCAAUGCGUCUGCAAUUUCUUCAAAAACACUUUCCUAUUCACUGCCUUUAUUUCAGCAUUUCACGCAGCAGCUUUGCUAAUAAUAGAUCCCUACUAUAUUAGCCACCAUGUCUUCUUUUCCAUAUUUUUCACAAUAAUUUGCUUACUUAUUGCCUAUUUUCGAGAGCGAGACUUAAGGAUAUUUUUUGCCUCAGAAGAAUACUCCAAAAAGGAGCUAAAGAAAACGGAAGAUUUAUUGACUCAGAUGAUGCCUCCCCAUGUAUAUCAUAACUUAAAAGAAGAAGUCGCGAAUACGGACUCUUUUAACGAAGUCACAAUUUUAUAUGCAGAUAUUGCAGGCUUUACUCUGUGGUCUUCUUACCACAACGCAAAAGAAGUCGUUGGGAUGCUUUCGGAGCUUUAUACAAGAUUUGAUAGAAAAUGCGUCGAAAACAAUGUAUAUAAAGUGCACACAAUAGGUGACUGCUAUGUGGCUAUUGGGUUUUUAGGUACAGAAGAGAGAGAUCCAGGCGAAGAAUGCUUGAAUAUUAUCAAUUUCGCUAAUUCUUUGAACGAAAUUAUCAGUGCAAUAAAUCAGGAACUUUUUUUAAACUUAGGCAUGAGAAUAGGCAUCCAUACAGGGAACAUCAUUGGUGGGAUUGCUGGGACAAGCAUUGUGAGGUAUGACAUUUAUGGAGACGACGUGCUUAUUGCCAACAAAAUGGAAAGCAGCGGAGUUGCAGGCUCAAUCAACGUGAGCGAAGCCACCAAAAACUUAAUAGAAAGCUAUAAGCCAGGAAUGUUUACUUUCAAUUCCCACAAGGCAGUGGAAAUUGAGUCAAUCAACCGCACUGUCAACUCUUUCCUGAUUGUCAAAAAUUAG